AUGGAAUUCCUUGUGCAUAAUAUUUCACAUUCAGAUCUCGUAGUUGAGCUCUCAUGGCUUCGCGACAACAAUAGCGCGACUGUCCAGUCUGUUCAUGAGCCCGUUAAUGCGUCUGUGCCGCUGUCUGUGCUCGGUCGCCCCAAAUUUAGUCUCUUCCAACAAACAAGUCAACACAUUCUCGAACGCGUGCAACAGCUUCGUCAUACGAAAGUAAAACAGUCGACACUAGCAGCUGUAGAAUUAAGUGUCCUGGAUGAACAGACGCCAGCGAUAUCACACUCAACAUUGCUAGACAGCUGGAAAGCGCGUUGUCAAGACACUCAGUCGCCGAUUGGCUUUAAUUUAGCCGAUGAUCCGAUUCCCAUCAGUACUAAAGAAUUGUUACAAGAUUUUCAAUUGCGAGGAGAGAUUGAGACGACGAAACUUGUUGAAAAACAUUGGAAUCACGUUGGUAUUACAGCCGUUUACUUUCCAUUAGUUGCGCUCCUAUUACCGAAAUGGACACAAGUGUUGAAAGAGUUUCAAUCUGAAAGCAGUCGUCAAUUAGUGUAUCUCAUUAGUGGAGCAGGAAUUCCACGUAAUGUGGAACAUUCGCAUAGUAGUAAUUCGACGGAGAUUACGGCUCAAUUGAUUGUGCUCUUUGUCCAUGAAUAUUAUCCACAGAUGACUGCGAUUCAAGUGCAUUCCGGCUCCAAUAUCUUUCGAUUUGAUGACAAUGUACAAUUUAUGACUAGAGAGUUAAGACCAUUGCUUGAAGCUCAUCGAGAGACGCUAGUUGAUCGUUGUGGAGAAGCAUGGAGAUCGCAUUUUCACGUUACUAUUGCGUAUGCUGAUGGACCACCAGCGCGAUUAAGUGCAUUAAAUGCUUCUCUACGCAUGUACAGACCAUCGUACCUACAUAUUUGGCAACUAAAAACAUUUUGGCAUGAACGCAAGUUAUCGAUGGUUGAUGUUGAUUUUCACUCCUUUGAAAACAUUGAAGCCUCUCCGUUAGUAGUACCAAGUGAAGCUGAUGCUAUGACACAAAUGAUUGUCAAUGAAAUGCAGCAAUUUCGCGACCAGUUUCUCGAAGCUGAAGGACAAGGUGAAGUCGCUGGGUUUUGGUUGCGUAAGUCGCGCAAGCCAGUGCUUGCAGUGCUUUUGAUUGAAAAACCAGCAAUUGAUGGUGGUCGUCCAACAAUUGUCAUGCAGCGAGGUAUGAAUUGUGAAGUAUCAAUGCCUACAGGUUCUUUAUGUGCUGAACGCAAUGCCAUUGGCAGUGCACUUGCCAGUGAUCCAACACUCACUCGACGUGCUUUGAAAAUGAUUGCUGUCUUGGGUUUAAAUCUUACAGCAGGUGGGAAUACAAGUCCAACGACAAGUGAUGACCGAGUUCAGGACACUCAUACAAUUGCCGAGACGAUUGAAACAACAGACUCGGCUACAACAAAUCGAACUGUCGAUACUACCAAAGCGCAGAUAUCGGCCGUUCAAACCUGCCGUUCACAUUCCGAGCAGAGCUCAUUCUCGUCAGUUCUGACAGUAAAUUCUACAUUUUUAUCAAUUCAAAACGCACGGCAACAUGACGAUGUGGCUAUUGAAAAAGAACGAGGUCAAACUCGUCGAAAGCGUCAAUUAAGGAUCACAAAUGCCAAUUUAAGGUCGCCAAGAAAGCCAAAGCGGCCACGUACGUUUUCAUUUGACGAUAUGGCAGUGAUUGAAAUGAUGCGAGCAAGUGAACCACUAGAUCGGAAUCCACUAGCACCAUGUGGAGCAUGCAAAGAGUGGCUUGUUAAGAUUGCUGAAGCCAAUCCAUCAUUUCGUGUCAUCACAUUUGAAAAUGCUCGUUGUCGAAAUGUUUACAUUAAUCAGCUCAUGUAA